AUGCCCUCGAACCGCCCAGCUCAAGGCAAAAAGCUUGCCUCGAGGUCCCAAGAUGCGACUGCAAUUGCGACUUCGAUUUCUGCCAGACCCUCCCCCAGACCUCCACCUAUCUCGAACCAGAGUCUGUCCAUGACCACCUCUCCACACGACAUGUCCACGUCGAAGGCGUCUACAAGCUCACCCUCCCCUGCCGCAUAUGCUACGGAAGACGAAGAUGAUACGGCGAUGAGGAGAAAUGUCGCCUUUCCUCUGCUACGUCUACCAUUGGAGUUGAGGUUGAAGAUAUACUCGAUGGUAUUCUCUCCAGCGCCCGCAGUGAUCGAUCUCGAUCCACACACAUUCGCCGUCCUUAUCCGUCUGAAGCUGCUGGCUCUGUUCCGCGUAUCACGACAGAUAUACCUCGAAGCAACCCAGCAAUUCUUUAGCACACAUACCUUUCGAUUGUUUCCUACAUACCCAGGACGCUAUUUUAAAACCAAGAAACCACUUCUUGCGCGUCUGCCAGCCCACUAUCGCGCAUCUAUGGCCACCCUCGAACUGCGUCUUGGGCCAGGCUUCAACAAUCCCCCUCGAGGGUGGGUUGUGAAUGACGCGUUAGGUUUGGCAGACUGCGAGAAUGUCAGGGUCUUGAAGGUGUUUGUGGAAUGUGAUCCUAGUGAUGCAAUCUUUCAAGGCUUUCGAAUGGGCGAUGGUGCGUACGAGAAGUUUUCUGCUGCUCUUUUGACAGAGGUUCUAGAUGCUAUACCUAGUGUCCAAGUGGUAGAGUUUGAUGCGUAUCCUUCUGUUGGAAGAACUGGUGACAUGAUGAGUGGUCUGGGCGAAGUUAUUCGCAGGUACAAUAAAGUUGUCGGAUGGGGCCCCGAGCGCGGAUGGUCAGAAGAGAGCGAUCAAGCAUGGUUAGAUGCUGUACUGAUCCAUGGCCUCGGAAAGCGUUUGACGAAGAGUGCGGUGAUAUUUGGCUAG